GAUUCGAUAACGCGUUAGGAGUUAACGUUGCAAGCCGCGGUCACACUGGUGCGUAUUGUUUUCCGUCGCGUGUGAAAACUGCCGAGUGUGUAAAAACUGCAGAUUAAGAGAAAACUUCUGCAAUUGGUUGAAAGCACCACCAAUCUGUCCAACGACGCUCGCGAAAGGAAAGCAGCAAGGAAAACUGUGAAAGAGGCAAAAUCAGUGCUUAUUCAAUAGUGUUGUUAAUAAGAAAACGACAGCGAAUUGAAUUUAAAGCUGUUUAGAGACUAUUAUCAUCCUUUAGUCAACGGACCGAUUACGAGCAAACAUUUCGAGAUCAAUAUUCCAUUAUUGGUUGUGUUGGCAUGUUAAGUGUGUUCGAUGCCGAUGCGGUUAAGUGUCGUCUAUGGCCGAAUCCGUUAAAAGUCAAUCGCUCUCUGCAUUGACGGAGGGGCAGCACGACGACGGUGGUUCAACAGCAACAUCAGGGACAUUGGCUGAUAAAACCAGUGGGACCAACACCACAAGUUCAACCAAUCACUCGUCCCACAGGCGACGCAACAACCACACAAGCAGCAAAAGCAACAAGAGCCACCACAAAAACAAGAGACGCAACACACCGGCUGCAUUAUCAGGCCCUGCUGUUAGCUCCUCCAUCGACGUAGUAGCUGCCUCCUCGACUGCUUCUGGAACAUCCAUCCGUCGAUCCCGUAGUCAAGGCCGCCACUCCACAGCAGCCCGCAGCAGCAAGGCUUCACAAAUCUCCAAGCGCUCGUUGGGGGCCAUCCGUUCCCCAUCUUCGCCAGCAUUCAAUUCCAUCCCGGUCGUGAGUGAUCCAUUGCUAUCUCCCGGCAGUCGUAAGCGGCAGUUUAACCAGCACAACUGCGGCAGCAACAAAGCUAGCUGUAGCCACCAAUCGGCGCCCGGUGGAGAUCAGCUGGUGGAGCUUUGCUCGCCCCUUAAAAAACGCCGCUUGCAACAGACGUUGGCAUCCGGAAUCGACGAGGAAGCGGUAGAAAUUAGCUUAGCUACAUCAAGCUUUGACCAGACUCCUCGUCAGGCAUCCGGAGACUGUGUUGCACAGCGCACUCGAUCUAAGACCAUUUCCCCGGAGGAGUUGCCAAGCACAAGCAGUGCUGCAGCAGCACGCCAUCACCAAAUUCGAGCAAGUGCCAGUUCUACCAACUUUCCGGGCAGCCAUAGAAACAAACAAAAGACCAGUAUUGGAGGAUCGUUAGCUGUGGUCGAGACCACUCCGCACAGAGGAACAGCAGCUCCUCGAGUCGGACGGAGCGGUAACCUGCUGAACUACUACCGAAAAACGCGCAAGGUUAGCCACACGCGCUCCUCCCAUAAGUCAGAAAAGCAGGCAAUACAAUCGGAGAACACGACGGCCAACAGGAACGAAUCAGUCGGAUCCGGAUCCAGUAGCAAGUCAGGUGUGAUACACAAGUACAGGAAGAACUUGCGUCACUCACAACAGUAUCUGCUAGACACAGAGGGUGCAAAAGUAGAUCGAGCUGGUGCUGAAAGUGGAGGUCAACAGCAGCAGUCGGAGCACGGAAAUCUGGACGUUAACGACCAUCUUUUGACCCUUGAAGCUGGUCUUAAUCAAUCAGAGGUAUCAGGAAUCCACAAACAGAGUCAAUUAGAGGCGGAGCGCCAGACCUUGGAAGACGUCGAAGACGACGAGGAGGACGACGAGGAAGAGGAAGAAGAGGAGGAAGAGGAGGUGGGCUUCUACGGGAUUGUAAACUCUGCGGGUUCUUCAUACGAGGAAGACCCACAAAUCGUUGCCGAGGAAGACGAGAUCACAACGGAGGAGGACGUUGACGACGAGGAAGACGACGACAUCGAGGAAGAAGACCUCUCGGAGAGCGAAUUCGCCCAGCAACUGAUUGGGGAACUUGGUGGAGAGCAACAACCCCAACGUGCCACCAGCAACCCAACAAAAUCCAAGAACAACACACCGGCGCUAGAAAGCACUAUUAAGGAGACAACAACAGCAACAACGUCGUCCGGCUAUCAGCAACGUGCCGCCCCCCAUGGACAGGGGGCGGGGACAGGCGCUGGAGGCGGCGGGCCGCGUGCCACGCGCAGCAGCAACAGCAGCUCCAGCAACAACGUUGUUGACUACAGCAUUAUGCCGCACCUCACAUCGGCCACAACAACCACAUCAUAUGCCUUGACACCGCAGCACCAACAACAACCGCCACAACCUCCGUCGCAUCAGCAACAACAAGUACACCAACAACAGCCACCUCAAUUGCUGCCCACACAUCAGUUUGCACACUUGUCGUCCUUUGUGACUCCGACAGCAGCGGCAGCAGCAGCAGCAGCCCAAUAUCCCCCAGCUUCUGCUGCUGCCGCUUACUUUGCACAGCAGCAACACCAUCAGCAUCAACAUCAGCAACACGUGCAGCAGGCGCAGCCACCGCAGCCGCACUAUUACCAUAGUUCAGUGGCUGUUUUGCAUCAACCUCCACCGCACCAUUUUACCUCCACAGGGGCAGGACCACCGCCAGCACUGUUUCAGCAGCAGCCACCCCCGCAGCUUACCCGCUACACGCCAGCAACAGCUACAACAGCGGCUACGUUUGUGCCCCCGCAGCAACAACAGGUUGUCUACAACCAGCAGCAACACUCCUCACUGCGACGCAGUUCACGUAGCAAGACGGGUUCUUGUGUGAGUUCGGCAGCGGCAGCACAGCAGCAGCAGCACCAGCAGCAACAUAGCACCGCUGCUGCUGCUGUACAGGCGCAAUUGCUGCCACCGCCUGGUACCUAUCAAUACCAACAGGUGGGCGGCAAUACCGUUGUAGUUGCCGUGCGUCAUCAGCAACAGCAGCAGCAACAGCAGCAAUUGGCUUUACAUCACCAGCAACAGCAGCGUGCCACGCUCGUGCAGCCCGGAUUCUUGUUCAGCUAUCGCAGCAAUCACCCACAGCAACAACCAGCGCAGCAAAUAAAUCAGGGCCCCAAAGUGCCGCAUAGCAGUGCAGCUUCGGAUGCUUUAACAUAUAGUUUGAUGGCACAACAACCGCCAAGUGGACCGCCGCAUGCAGGUGGACAGCAAAUAACGCCAGGUGCAAACUCUGCAAAUCUAAGCAUUGUAGCGGCCGCUCUGAGUGCCGCUCGUGACGUCGGAGGAGGAACCGGCGGAGAAGGAUCAGCGGGAAGCGUAACACCAGGUACUGCAGCAUCGGCUUCAUCAGUAGGAAACACCAGCGCCGUGGGCGCGUCGAGCAGCAGCAACAACAGUGCCGGCCAAGCAGCCAGCAACAGCAACAAUGUGACUGCAACAGGAUCGGGGUCGGCUCCUGGCGGAGGACCUUCAAAUAUUGGUACGACCAGUCAUGGCAGUGGAUCGGGGGGAGCUGCGGCCGUCGAUUCGGAGAGCGAUGACAGCGAGGUUGGUCGACUACAGGCUUUGCUCGAAGCUCGCGGACUGCCGCCUCAUUUAUUCGGGGCCCUUGGCCCAAGGAUGACACACAUUCUCCACCGAACCAUUGGAAACAGCAGCAGUUCCAAGGCUAAUCAACUUCUGCAAGGCUUACAAUCGCACGACGAAUCCCAGCAGCUGCAGGCUGCCAUUGAAAUGUGUCAGAUGCUGGUGAUGGGCAAUGAGGACACACUUGCCGGUUUUCCAAUCAAGCAGGUGGUACCUGCUUUAAUACAACUCCUUCGUAUGGAGCACAACUUUGAUAUUAUGAACAAUGCUUGUAGGGCAUUGGCAUAUAUGCUAGAAGCUUUGCCCCGCUCCUCAGGCACCGUGGUGGAAGCGGUUCCAGUCUUUCUAGAGAAACUUCAGGUUAUCCAAUGCAUGGAUGUGGCUGAACAAAGUUUAUCAGCUUUGGAGAUUCUGUCACGGCGUCACAACAAGGCCAUCCUGCAGGCAAAUGGAAUUUCAGCCUGCCUCACCUAUUUGGACUUCUUUUCGAUUGUGGCCCAGCGGGCAGCUCUGGCGAUUGCGGCUAAUUGCUGUCUAAACAUGCAUCCGGAGGAAUUCCACUUUGUAGCCGAAAGUUUGCCUUUAUUAGCGCGCUUGCUUUCCCAGCAGGAUAAAAAAUGUGUUGAAAGCGUUUGCUCCGCAUUCUGUCGUCUAGUAGAGAGUUUCCAGCACGACAGUCAGCGCUUACAGCAAAUAGCUACUCCGGACUUGUUGAAGAACUGUCAGCAACUACUGCUGGUAACACCAGCCAUUCUGAAUACAGGAACCUUUACCGCCGUGGUUCGGAUGCUAAGUCUGAUGUGUUGCAGCUGUCCAGACUUGGCAAUUUCUUUGCUAAGGAACGAUAUAGCGGCCACCCUGCUUUAUUUGCUCACCGGAAAUGCAGAGCCGGCUGCUGCCAGUGCUACCCACGUGGAGCUGAUCUCACGCUCGCCUUCGGAGCUGUACGAACUUACCUGCCUCAUUGGGGAGUUAAUGCCGCGUCUACCCUUGGAUGGAAUCUUCUCUGUGGACUCACUGCUGGACAGACCCACGCUUAAUACCCAAGAUCAGGUGCAUUGGCAGUGGCGCGAUGAUCGCGGCUCCUGGCACAACUAUUCUACAAUUGAUUCGCGCCUGAUUGAGGCCGCCAACCAGAGCAGCGAGGACGAGAUAAGCCUGAGCACCUUUGGACGCACCUACACUGUUGAUUUUCAUGCAAUGCAGCAGAUUAAUGAGGACACGGGCACAACACGACCCGUUCAGCGUCGUCUUAACCAUAACUACGUUGCUCCCAUGUCUGCGGGCCAGGACUUGACUACAACAGUGUCCUCGGGAGGAGCUUCCACGUCCGCUGCAGCUGCAGCAGCGUCCUCCAAUAACAACAAUAAUAAUACACUAGGCAAUAGUGUCAACCUCAAUCAAGUAAAGCGCCGUCCAUCUCUGGAUGCUAGAAUUGCAUGUCUUAAGGAGGAGCGGGGUCUGGCUGCGGACUUUAUCAAACACAUCUUUAACGUACUGUACGAAGUCUACAGCUCUUCUGCCGGACCAAAUGUGCGUUACAAGUGCCUGCGCGCCCUUCUGCGGAUGGUAUACUAUGCCACGCCAGAGUUGUUACGUCAGGUGCUCAAGUAUCAGUUGGUCUCUAGCCACAUUGCUGGCAUGCUGGGUAGCAAUGAUUUGCGCAUAGUGGUAGGAGCUCUUCAAAUGGCUGAAAUCUUAAUGCGCCAACUUCCUGAUGUCUUCGGCACGCACUUUCGUCGUGAGGGAGUUAUCUACCAGUUUACUCAGCUGACUGAUCCAAACAACCCGAUAUGCGCGACUUCCUCGCCGAAACCGCUUAGCACAACAGCUACGUCCACCUCAAUUGCAAGCGGAUCACAAUCGGCUCCUGCCUCCGCCAACAGCCUGCAAGUAAAUCCAUUUUUCAUGGAUAGCGCUCCGGGUUUGUCGAGUGCUUCCACGACUCCCAGCAGUAGCAAGCAUCAAUCGUACAGCGUGAAGAGCUUCUCGCAUGCCAUGAACGCCCUUACAGCCAGCGCCAAAGGUACUCCUACUGGAGCGUUAGACGCCACAAGCUCAUCUACCACAGCUGGUGGUUAUAGUUACAGCAGCUCGGCACCGUCGUCUUCCACCGGAGCACCUCCUGCCUUCUUUGUGGCCCAGCAGAGUGAUCCACGCCAGUACGUGCACUUUCAGCAACCGGCAGUUCCUCCACCACCACCGCAGUUGGAGCUGUUACCAACUGGAGUUCAGCAACAAGCGCAGCAGGCGCCUCAGGUGAUCUACCAGCCACAGCAUCAACAGCCUGCACAAUUAGCGCUGGCCUCCACCAGCAGUGCCGCUGCCUCGGCGUCCUCGUCUUCGUCCUCCUCGUCCUCGGCUUCUGCGCUGCAGCACAAGAUGACGGACAUGCUAAAGCGAAAAGCUCCUCCGAAGCGCAAAUCGCAAAGCAGUGGCAGGGCAAAAUCUAGACAAGAAGAUGCAGCAGUCGCACCGGCGGGAUCUGGAGCAGGGGGAGCCCCUCCUUCGUCAGCCAGUUCAGCUAUGCAUGAACUUCUCAGCCGUGCUACAAGUCUUGGUAGCGGCACCGGUGGCAGGAGUACGCCCAGCUCGGGAGGUGGUUCUGGAAGCUCCAAGUCCCGCUUUAACUCGGGAAACUCGUCCAAUGCAGGAUCGAGCAAAUCUUCGUUCCUGGCUUCGCUCAAUCCAGCUCGCUGGGGCCGCCAGACUACCCAUCAUCAUCAUCACCAGCAGUCUCAGCAACAGCACCACGGUCUUUCUAAAGAUUCCGGCCACUCUAACUCAACUGGUUCCGGCUCUGGAGCUAGUUUGGCUUACACGGUGAGCCAACCUGGCGCUGGUACUGGAGCCGGAGGGCUGAACGCUGCAGCAGUUGCAGCGAGUAUCAGCAAGAGUAUAUCCCACGCCAACCUCCUAGCGGCGGCUAACAGGGAAAGGGCGCGUCAGUGGGUCCGCGAACAGGCUGUAGAUUUUGUAAAGCGUUACACUGAGCAGGAGGCCAGAAGGAGCAAGGCUGCUUUAGAGAGUGGCCCCACUCAGAGCGGAACUAGUGGAGUGGGAUUAUCGUCGACGGGCAAUACUCUAUUGUCCGCAACGGGCAGUACCAAUGUCCUGGAGCGUUUGUCCAGCAUUCUGUUUAAGCUUAACGGAAGUUACCACGACUGUUUAGAUGCUCUCCUCGAAUUGAAGACUAUCCUAUUGGAGAGUGACAUCUCUCCAUUCGAGGUAAAUCAUUCGGGCCUGCUCAAAGCCAUGCUUAACUAUAUGACUAGCGAGACUGGAUUGGUUGAGCGCGAUGCUCGCCUGCGCAGCUUUAUGCACGUAUUUGCUGGCCUUCCAUUAGAGCCUCUGCUUCAGAACGUCGGUCAGAUGCCAACUAUUGAGCCGAUAGCGUUCGGAGCUUUUGUGGCCAAGUUAAAUGGUUGUGUUACGCAACUGGAACAGUUCCCCGUUAAGGUACACGACUUUCCUGCCGGCCCUGGAGGAAGGUCCAAUCAGAGUGCUUUGCGAUUCUUCAACACCCAUCAGCUAAAGUGCAAUCUGCAACGUCAUCCGCAGUGCAGUAACCUACGUCAGUGGAAAGGCGGCACUGUAAAGAUCGACCCCUUGGCUAUGGUCCAGGCCAUCGAGCGUUACUUGGUGGUGCGAGGCUAUGGCGGCAUCCGUGCAGACUCCGACGAUGACAGUGAAGAGGAUAUGGAUGACAAUGUGGCAGCAGUGGUGAUGACCCAGGCCGGCUUCAGACACAAGCUGCAGUUUACGAUCGGGGAUCAUGUGUUGCCGUAUAACAUGACAGUCUAUCAGGCGGUCAAGCAAUUCUCGCCGCUGGUCAGUGAACAGCCUGAGACCGACAACGAGUCUGAGACUCUUUUAGGAAACGCCACUAUAUGGGUUCAGCAGCAUACUAUUUACUAUCGUCCUGUGGAGGAGGAAAUGUCUUCGGGAACAGCUGCGGGAGCAGCAUCCAGCAGCGGUUUGGGUAGCAGUGGUGUGCAAAAGCAACAAAGUACUUCAAGCUCCGCAUCCAGCUGUGGAAAUGCUACCUCCUCGUGCUCCUCAUCUUCAGGAGUUAUAAGCGGUGGCGGGUCUACAAAGAAGGCUCACAAAUCUAGUAGCAAAUUCAUGCGCAAGAAGACUGAACUAUGGCACGAAGGAAUAGCUCCUGGAGUAAUUUCAGCUCUAAAGCCUUUCCUUAGCAACUCUCUUCCAGCUGAUGUGGUGACCGUACAAGACGCCUCAUUGGAUGCAUUGUGUAUGCUGCGAGUUAUCCAUGCUCUAAAUCGUCACUGGGAGCAUCUCUACGGUUGUGUGGUGCGCCAAAACAUUAUCCCCCAGUCGGAGUUUAUACAUCCUAAAAUCAUGGCCAAGGCGAAUCGCCAGCUGCAGGAUCCGCUUGUCAUCAUGACAGGCAAUCUACCACAGUGGCUUCCCCAGAUAGGCAUGGCCUGUCCAUUCCUUUUCCCCUUUGAAACUCGUCACCUGCUUUUCUACGCCACUAGCUUUGAUCGUGAUCGCGCUCUUCAGCGUCUGUUGGACACUACGCCGGAUCUUAAUGCAGCGGAGUCUUCAGAACGAGUAGCUCCUCGACUUGAUCGCCGCAAGCGAGCAAUUUCCAGGACAGAGAUACUUAAACAGGCAGAGCACAUCUUACAGGACUUUGGGCACUCGAAGGCAUUGCUAGAAAUUCAGUACGAGAAUGAGGUGGGAACCGGUCUGGGACCUACACUGGAAUUCUACGCGUUGGUUUCUGCGGAGCUGCAGCGUACUGAUCUUGGGCUGUGGAAUGGCAGUGAUAGCUACAAACAGAACUCUGUAACCAUUGUAGACGUAGUCAAGUCCAACAGCACUGUGCUACACAUCGAGGAUGCUCUUGAGGCAACCACCAUGGACCAGAACCCCCCAGCAGCAGGAGCGUCGCUUGUGAGCAGCACCACUACUACAACCACCGCACAGCAACACCAGCAUCCACCCACCCGCGCUAGCAGUCGUUCGCACGUUUUACGUAGCGGAGCAGGCCAACAGUCGGUGGAGCACAGCUCCUCUAGCACCGGCGCCAAUGAGAAUGCUUUAAAUAUGAUUAUAGCACAGCAAUUUAGUGAUAUUAAUUCUCCUAACCCAGUAGCAAUGGAAAAUCCCAUCAGCACCACUAUCGCCACAACGGUUGUAGAGCAGAACACCAAUACGAAUAACUCUAGCAUUACCACGGCUACAACCACGACGAGUUAUGUGCAUGCGGUGCAUGGCCUGUUCCCUUUGCCUCUGGGUAAAUCUUCGAAACUUCCGCAAAUGACCAAGGCCAAGGCCAAAUUCAAGUUUUUGGGAAAGUUCAUGGCAAAGGCAGUGAUGGACAGUCGCAUGUUGGAUUUGCCUUUUUCUUUGCCAUUCUAUCGCUGGUUAGUCAGCGAAGAGCAUUCAAUUGGCUUGGCCGAUCUUAUGCGUGUUGCCCCAGAGGUCCAAAACACUCUAGUGAGACUCCAAGAUUUGGUUCGCCAGCGGGAGUACAUUCUAUCCGAUCCAAACAUCGAUGCCAUGGAAAAGACUGAAAGGAUUGAACAGCUAGACUUGGAUGGCUGCCCAAUCGCAGACCUAGGCUUGGACUUCGUAUUGCCCGGACAUGCCAAUAUAGAGUUGUGUCGAGGAGGUCGUGACACACCUGUAACUGUGCACAACCUUCACCAAUACAUCUCCCUCGUCACAUACUGGUUCCUUAUCGAGGGUGUCCAGAAACAGUUUGAGGCUUUACGUGAAGGUUUUGAUUCCGUUUUUCCAAUUCAACGGUUGCGAAUGUUCUAUCCGGAGGAGUUGGAGUGCGUCUUCUGCGGAUCUGGCAGCGAGCAACAGCAGUCGCGAUGGGAAACCAAAAUGCUGCAGGAGAGCUGCCGCACAGAUCAUGGAUUCCACCAGGAAUCGGAAGCUAUCCAAUAUCUGUAUGAGAUCUUGGCCUCUUACAACCGCGACGAACAGCGUGCCUUCUUACAGUUUGUGACUGGAUCACCACGCCUUCCGACUGGAGGAUUCAAGGCCCUCACACCGCCACUGACAAUCGUGCGCAAGACGUUGGAUGAGAACCAAAACCCAAACGAUUACUUACCGUCUGUGAUGACCUGUGUCAACUAUCUAAAGCUGCCCGACUACUCCAGUCGUGAGGUGAUGCGCCAGAAGCUGAAAGUGGCCGCCAACGAGGGCAGCAUGUCCUUCCACCUCUCAUAAGGAAGUAACGGACCAAAAGCCAGCCGCAACGGAAACUACAAAAAAAAAACAUGGAAUAUAUUAAUACGGAUAUAUUCCGAGCGCUACACAGCUUCUGCAGCAUGUAUUAAUUGGAUUGGUCCUGUUUGCAUUUUUUCUUUCGAAUGUUACUUUCGCCGCGCGCGUUUUCCCAAGCCCCUCAAAUUUUUAUUUUUGGCAAGCGCGUGUCAUGCUAAAUUUCAAUAUGAAUAUAUAAUUAUAAUAUAUUUUUUAUUACCACGUUUUGCAAAAAAAAAAACAGAAACGGAUAACAUCGAGAAAGAAACUAAUGAUGGACCUCUCCCUCAAAAUGUUACCUUAAAUAAAUUGAAUAGUAAACAACGAUUAUUCAAUAAAUUACCAUUUGUCCACACAA